ACAAGACAUACAGCAAGAGUUACUUGAAAAUGUCAUUCUUUUGGACAUAAAGAAUCUAUGUUAUGACGACGGCUAAUUCCAUAUACAUAUAAAUAUAAAUCUUCGAAAUAUGCAAAAAUGGAGGUGAGAGAGAAGAAGAGUUGAAAAUAGGCGUCGAGAUGCCUGCUGCCAAGGGCUCCCUCAAUCACCAUCAGAAAUGGAUUCUGGAAUUCUUGAAGGGAAUAAUUGAUGAGACAAUCCAUGAGAAGCUUGAAACGAAGUCAUUUUUAUCAACUUCAUGUAGCAAGGCAUUUUGUAUAGCUGAUAUGGGAUGUUCAACAGGACCAAACACCUUUUACUAUGUUCAUAGUAUACUUGAAGCUGUGGAGCGAAAGUUCAUAAAUGAAGGCUUCACUUACGAUCAAAUACCUCAGUUUCAAGUUUUCUUUAAUGAUCUUCCAUUUAACGACUUUAAUACCCUUUUCAAGUCUCUCCCACCUCAGUUUUCAUUCCUGAAGAAGGUGUUGGACAGGACUCUCCUGGCAUGGAACGGAGGAGGAGUUCAACUUAUACAGGUGCCAUCAGGAAGCAAGCACUUUGCUGCCCAAUUUAGCAAGGAUAUGGGGAUGUUCUUGAAUGCCAGAGCAAAAGAACUUGCAGAGGGAAGCAUGAUGGUGCUAAUCAUUCCUUCUAUUCCUGAUGGGGUCUCUCCGUCAAAUGUACCAAUCGGGAUAUUGCUGAAUCAUUUAGGGUCGUGCCUCAUGGACAUGGCAAAAGAGGGAUUAAUAUGUGAAGCACUUGUGGACUCUUUCAACAUUCCAUUGUACUGUGUAACGCCCAAGGAGCUUACACAGCUUAUAGAACAAAGUGGGUGUUUUAGCAUUGAAAGAAUGGAUCCUACAGAUUGCGAAUUCGACCCUGAUAAUCAACCUACUGAAUACACAAUCAUGAUGCAUUUCAAAUCUGGGUUAGAACCAGUCAUUACCAAACACUUUGGAGCUGAGAUUGUUAAUGAAUUGUUUGAACGGUUCCUCGAGAGAAUGCAUGAAGCUACGCCCUCGUUAUUUUCAAGCAAUGGAAAAGGAUCUCAAUUAACUGUUAUUCUGAAACGAAAAUCGCUAUAAUCAAAAGCUAUCAUAUCAGCAAUUAGCAGUGCAGCUUUUGUUAUACAUACCAGAAAACUGACUAAUAAAUGUUGUUAAACAUUCAAAUUAUCAGUACCCAUUAUU